AUGUCAACCAAACAGUAUAAGCAAGCGGGCGAAGACGUUUGGAAGAACAGAACAGAGAAGAUAAAUGCGGAGCUGUUCACACUCACCUACGGAGCGCUAGUCAUUCAGCUGAUCAAAGAUUACGAGGAUUAUGCAGAGGUCAACAAGCAGUUGGAGAAAAUGGGCUAUAACAUUGGCACAAGAUUGAUAGAGGAUUUCCUGGCAAGAACAAACCUUUCAAAGUGCACCGACUUUCGCGAAGUCGGCGAGGUGGUUAGCAAGGUCGGCUUCAAGAUGUUUCUCAACAUCACACCUACGGUCAUUCACCAUCAGCAAGAGGAUGCCGAAUUUAGCUUGAUACUGGAUGAUAACCCGCUGGCCGAAUUUGUCGAACUUCCCCGAGACGCAAGAUCAGGUGGAUUAUGGUUCAGUAAUGUCUUGACUGGUGUAUUGCGAGGAGCACUCGAGAUGGUGCAGAUGCAGACAGAAUGUUUCUUUGUGUCGGACACGCUGCGGGGCGAUGAGACCACAGAACUUCGAGUUCGAUUGAUCAAGCAUCUCGAUGAAGAAGCUCCCAUCGCUGACGACUGA